AUGGGAGGCUUGCGUGCGCUGUGUUGCAGCAAAGGAGAAACACGCGACAACGGUCAGGACACACCCCCCCGAUCAUCUCAGCCACGCCCCGAAAAAGGAACGCACAAUGUACCGCUAAAUGUCAGAAGGGAGACGCAUCCAGUAGAUGUGCCAAAUGUGAAAAAGGAGGUCUCUUCCACCGAACUGCCUCCGGGGAAAUCGACUCCAUGCAAUCUCUGGGACUUAGCAUUCGAUGAACUUGACGACUCCCGCAAGAAGUACCUCCCUGCAAAUGGUCUUUCAGCCAAAGAUGCCAUCCAGGGUGUGAUCGACGACACAACAGCCAAGUACGAAGCGUGGCAGAAGGGCGGCAUCACGAUCCACCAAAAGAACGGAAAGAAUAUCAAUGUUCGAAAUACGGCGGAGAAGAUCCUUGGUACGGCAAUGAAGGCAAAAGAUGUGAUCUCGACAGCUGUUUCCUUUGAUCCGACAAGGCACGCAUCUUCUGCAUGGACAGUUAUUUCCUUUGGAAUGAGUAUUAUUCAAAACAGAUUGGAUCGUCGGGAUGCUAUCUUCCAGUCAUCGGAGUAUCUUGCUGAGAACCUUGCCUACUUUGCAAUUGUCGACAUAAAGUACAGAAACCAAGGUGUCGAAGCUGAUAAGAGCCUUGACGAGGCUCUGCUUAAGGUCUAUUCGGCGAUCCUCACCUUUACAGCCGAGGUGAAGAAGGGUCAGGAUGAAAAUGCAGCAACUCGCACUUUGCAAAGCAUUUUCGAAAUUGGCAACCAGCCGAUGUCCCAGCUGAAAGCAGCAGUCGAUGCUCAAUAUGAAAUCACAAAGAAAUGGCUCGUUUUAGCAGCGGAUCUUGGUAAGGCCGGUCAGGAUUCUCACCUUAUGGGCAAGUAUUUAUUGAAUAUAGGUAACAAAAAGCGUGCGGAUGAGCAUCUGGCAAAGACGGAUGAAAACAUCAAAAUCUCGAAGAACAUCGAGUCCAAAGUCAUUGACGCGGAGGAGGAGAGGAAGCUUGUCUGGCUGUCAACGGCCACUUACUCAGCCCGUCAGAGAUGGCUAGAAAGCAGACGGAUCGAUGACACUGGUAUCUGGAUUCUCGAAUCACCGGAGUACAAUGAUUGGAAGGAUACCCCGGGUGACAUACUUUGGCUACCAGGGAUCUCGGGCUGUGGCAAAUCCGUUCUUUGUUCUACUGUGAUUCAAGACCUCGAAGAGAUAUGCCAACUGGAUCCGUCUAGAUCACUCGCCUAUUGGUACUUUCAGUUUGAUGUGAAUUGGACACAGAGUGUGGAUGACUUGAUAAGGUCUUUGAUCAGACAGCUUAGCCUGUCACCAGUGGCAUCAUCAGUAACAAAUCUCUGGGAAUAUAAUUUCGCCCAAGGUAGCCAACCUAGCUCAAAGACCCUAUUGGCUGUGCUGGAUGAUGUAAUCUCGAGUGUUCCUGGCCAAGCUUACUUGGUUUUUGAUGCCCUGGAUGAGUGUCCAGGCAAUGACCACAGCGGGAGAGACUCACUUCUUUCCUUUCUUACGGGUUUGAUCGAGCGACAUGAGGAUAAGAUUCAUAUUCUUGCUACUAGUCGACCCGAGCAGGAUAUUAGUCGAAAGUUGGAAAGUUUCUCUAUGCUCGAUUUGGAACCAUGCCUUGCUGAGGAUGUGAAAAAGUUUGUUGCCGCGGCACUUUCACGCUCCCCUCUUGAGGCAUACAGUGAUGAAGUCAAGACACUGAUCUUUGAUACAUUGGUGGGCUCUAAAGAACGGCGUUUCCGUUGGGCUGAGUUACAAAUCGACAUGCUUGAGCACCGCCGCAAACGUCGCAAAGAAGACGACAAUGUCAUCAAAGAAGCACUCAAAAAAGUUCCACAGUCCCUAGAGGAAACCUACCGUAGGAUUCUUGAGAGCGACGAAUCUGACGAAGAUAUGCUCCUGGCACGAGAAAUUCUUAUGAUCAUCUGUCUUUCACCUGCCGUUCUUCAUGUCAACACGGUUGCUGAGAUGGUCGAUUUAGAUAUCCCUGAUGACGUACUCAAAAUAUGCACGACGUCUCUUGUUAAUGUGUUCGAUGGUGAGAUUCAGCUGGCCCAUUUUUCAGUGAAGGAGUUCUUGAUUGCUCCAGAGCAGGGUGGUCAGAAGUACAAAUGCCAAUUUUCGGCGACCGAGGGGCACCGAAUCCUCGCGACAAAAACCGUGGACUGUCUUCUCGAGCAAACAGAGGUCAUGAAAAGAGACGAAGCAAACAAGGAGCUUUCUUUCCUUUACGCGGCGCAGUGUUGGGACGCCCACGUGGCUGCUCUGGGAGACAUCGAUCACUCAUGCCCGGAUCUCCAAGCCAAGAUUGGUCGACUCUUUACUGAGCCCAAUGUUUAUCUCAAUUGGACUUGUGACGUCCAUUGGGUUCGUUUGAUCCGUAGUAAUUCCGUUUCAGGAAUCACGACGCCGAUUCAAAGAGCCACAUAUAUGGGAUUAUUCCAAGUUGUGGUCCUGCUUUUAGACCAAGGCGCUGCGAUUGGUAGUUACGAAUUUCCAGGACGCAUUACUCCACUUCAAAUCGCCUCAGCCAAUGGACAUGAAAAGAUCGUGCAGAUGCUACUGGACCGAGGUGCCGAUAUCAAUGAAUACGGCGACUGGACAUAUAGCACCCCACUUCAAGCUGCAUCAUAUAAGGGGCAUGAAAAGAUAGUACAGGUGCUACUAGAGCGAGGUGCCGAUGUCAAUUACUCUCCUCCAGAUCACCGCACUGCACUCCAGGCCGCUUCACUUAGAGGGCACGAACAAAUCGUACAGAUGCUGCUGGAUCGAGGUGCCGAUGUCAAGGCUCUAGGAGCCCACAGUUAUGCACUCAAUGACGCGUCAUCUGGAGGAAAUGAAAAUAUAGUGCAGAUUCUGCUAGACAGGGGUGCUGAUGUCAAUGCUGAUGGAGGGGUUGGUACUUCACUCAUCUGGGCGUCUAAUGCAGGGCACGAAAAGAUAGUAGAGAUGCUGCUAGAUCGAGGUGCUGAUGUUAAUGCAUCUGUAUAUGAGCAUGGCACUGCUAUCCAAAUCGCGUCGAGCAAAGGAUACAGAAGGAUUGUACAGAUACUGGUGGAUCGAGGUGCCGAUGUCAAUGCUGAUGAAGGAUGGGGUGGCACUGCACUCUCCUUUGCUUUAUUACAGGGAGAUGAGGAUAUGGCGCAGAUGCUGCUAGAUCGGGGUGCCAACAAAGUCGAAGAUUCGCGCGGUAGUGUACUCGUCCUCGCAUCAUGCAUGGGGCGUGAAAGGACACUACAGAUACUGUUGGAUCGAGGUGCCGACGCUAACGCCCAAGAAGACUACGAUACUGCACUCAUCGCCGCAUCAUUUAAAGGACAUGGAGAGAUAGUACGGAUGCUCCUAGAUCGAGGUACCAAUGUCAAUGCCUCUGAUUUAAAGCACGACACUCCCCUCCAAGCUGCAUCGCGUGGAGGGCAUGAAAAUAUCGUACAGAUGCUACUAGAUCGAGGUGCCGAUGCCAAUGGCGGUGCACUCCAAGCCGCAUCACUCAGAGGGCAUGAAAAGGUCUUACAGCUGCUGCUAGACCGAGGUGCCGAUGUCAAUAACUUGGACUCGAAGAAUGGCGGUGCCCUCCAAGCUGCGUGUCUUGAGGGCCAUCAAAAGAUUGCACAGAUCCUCCUUGAUCUGGGUGCCAAUGUCAAUGGCUCUGAUUCAAAGAAUGGCACUGCUCUUCAAGGCGCGUCACUUAGAGGGCAUAAACAGAUCGUACAGAUGCUGCUGGAUCGAGGUGUCGAUGUCAAUGCCCAAGGAGGGAAAUACGGAAGUGCACUUGAAGCCGCUCAAUUUAGACAACAUGAGGACAUAGCCCGACUGCUACUGGAUCGAGGCGCUAAAAUCUCCGACGGCAACCGCGAUCAAUGGUCUGGACGUGGACGAGGAUCUGGACGCGGACGAGGACUAUAUCCUACAAUGAUCUCCAUGUAG